AUCAUCACAACACAGUACCUUGUCUUCCUUAAAGAGUUUCCCUGGCCCCUUUUCUGGGUCAGUAAUGAUGAGGGAGGACUUUGUAAUAAUUUUUUUCAGAAUCAGCCUUGCAUCUGAAAGGACAGGACAGAAAAACACAAAAUAAGCCAAAAAUAAAAGGCAAGCCAACCUGCUUGUGGAGCUCAUCACACAGCCAGAACUCUAUGAGAGAGAGUUUCUCCAUUUGUGACGGAACAACGUGGACAAAGGUCGGAUGGGAGAUUUUUCCAGAAGAAGUGCACUACUUGAAAGUGAAGGCUCCCCCGUCCCACUACCUACCUUAUCCUCUGGACAAACUCUGCUGCAACUUGGCUAACAUGGACCUAUUACAGAGUUCCUUACAUCUCAUUUAUACCUUAGCACAAGCUCUCUUCUUAAUCCUGUUUGUUUUAUCUGUACAUUACCUAUGGAUGAAAUGGACAAGACACCAAAAAAAGCUGAAAAAGCAAGCCUCUUUAGAGAAACUGAUGAACGACCGUGACCUGAGCCCAUUCAUCCAUGACUUUGAACAAAUACUCUGCAGGCUACUGACCAUGACAUCAAUGAUGUCCAAGUUCCUGAAGCAGACAAGGAAACUAGAAUUCAGAGAUGCUAAGAAACUUGGCUCAAGGAACACAGCCAGUAAUGAUGGAUGCAAGACACUAAUGAACAUGGGCAGCCUGACUCCUGAGCCCCUCCGCAUCUGCUAAGAAUGACAGCAACCUGCACUUCGGAACAAGCAGCCUAUGAUUUUAAGGAAUUUUCAUCAAACUCUGAGACCUUUAUUGUUAGCACAAUUAUCAAAAUCACUAACUAUAGCUGUGUAUACUUUGAUUUGGAAAUUAAUAUUUUGCAUUAAAGCUGAAGUAUGACUUACCACA